AGAGCUUCCCUCCCUCCUACAAUACACACAUUGAGGUCCAUCCACUGUGUCUGCGUGUUCCUUCAUACCUGAGUGAAAAGCUCUCGUCCACGGUGCUCUUGCGAAUCGACAAGUAGUGCCUCGUGUAUAAGAAUCGCACCACCUGCAUCAAUUGUGUCCUGAGGCGUGUUAUCUAUCAACUCUAUUGGAAAGCGACUCUUGACGAGAUAGUCCAUAUUCAAGUGUGUUUCUCCUCCAUCGCGGACAAUAUUACCACCAUGCUGUCACCACGUUCUCAAGCUGAUCAGACGGUGAUUCAGCAGCAUCACCAAGUGCAUCAGCAGUAUCACCAGGUGCCACAACAGUUUUUCAUAUUCCAACACCAGGCUUCCAGCCCGUCCAGUACCCACUGUCUGGUCAGCCUCUACAACAGGCACAUGGCGAAAUACAGCCACAACAACCGUACAACAACUACACCACCCAGAACGUUGCGCAGCAUAGUAACGGCCCGUACUCUGUUCCGAUUAGUGGUGCGGUCUUCUUUGAUGGGAAUAAUCAACGACAAUUGCCGGCAAACUGUUACUAUCCACCGCCUGCUAUUCCAGCCCAUGUGGCUCAGCAGCAGUCAUUGGGACUUGGCAACAGUGAGCCCCAGAAUACAAGCACCAUUGGCCAGCAGCAGCAGCAGCAACAACAAUCACAGUCACAGUCACAUGCUCCACAGCUACAACCUUUACAACCUCUUCAGGCUCAGCGAAGUCCACAGCUGCUAGCACAAGCACAAUCAUCACAGCAGACGUUACAGCCCUCAUUGCAGCAUCCCUUCGAUAACAGUGCUUUCCACUCGCAUCCUGAUUCUCUGUCAUUUGCAGCUUCAACGUCACUUGCUAAUUCCUUCUCGGGACCAUCAGGUGUACAACUUCAUGCUG